CUUACACGUUUACUAGGCCUAAAUAUUUUCCUUAGUCUUGUCACUCUUGACACAUUAAAAAAAGUCGAUAAUAACAUAACCUCUAAAAAAACGGUUUGCGUCUGUUAUUUGAACAAAACAUUGGAGAAAUCGCUUUGCAGCUUAGUGCAGUAAGAUGUUCAACCAAAUGACAGCAGCCGGGGGCAACCCCAACAAGGAUCUGGAGGUAGCCUCGCCUCCCGACGACACUGUUUCGGCCCUUGAGUUUUCCCCGCCUUCUGUACCGCAAACUUUCCUGAUUGCCGGCUCGUGGGACUGUCGGGUGAGAUGUUGGGAAGUGGAAGCGUCCGGGAAAACAGUGCCCAAAGCUGCUCAGGGCAUGGACGGCCCCAUUCUUGAUGUAGCCUGGCAUGAUGAUGGAUCCAAGGUGUUCAUGGCCUCAACAGACAAAAGUGUCAAAUGCUGGGACCUAGCAGCCAAUCAAACCAUUCAGGUAGCAGCCCACGAUGCUCCAGUGAAGACCUGCCACUGGGUCAAGGCUCCCAACUACACCUGUCUCAUGACCGCCUCUUGGGACAAGACCCUGAAGUUCUGGGACACUCGCAGCUCUCAGCCAAUCAUGAGCAUGAAUCUCUCGGAAAGAUGCUAUUGUGCCGAUGUGGACUACCCGAUGGCAGUGGUGGGCACGGCGGACCGCGGCAUCUGUCUUUACACGCUGGAGGGCAAGCCGGCAGAGUUUAAGAGAGUUGAGUCCCCGUUGAAGCAUCAGCAUCGUUGCAUCGCUAUCUUUAAGGACAAGAAAACUAAGCAGCCAGCAGGCUUCGCGCUGGGUUCAGUGGAGGGCAGAGUGGCCAUACAGUAUGUCAACCCGACCAACCCCAAAGAUAACUUCACAUUCAAGUGUCAUCGGUCAGCAGGAACCACUGGUGGAUAUCAGGAUAUCUACGCGGUGAAUGACAUCGCCUUCCACCCCGUUCAUGGGACUCUGGCAACAGUGGGUUCCGAUGGCUCAUUCUCCUUCUGGGACAAGGACGCGCGCACGAAGCUAAAGUCCUCAGAGUUGCUAGAGCAGCCACUGACCAGGGCCGCAUUCAACCACAACGGGCAGAUAUUCGCGUACGCCGUGGGUUAUGAUUGGUCCAAGGGCCAUGAGCAUUUCAACCCAGCUAAGAAGAACUUCAUCUACCUCCGAGCGUGCUACGAGGAGCUAAAACCGCGUACAAACUGAUUCACUUCCCUGCCUUCUUUCAAUGCAUAAACGACUCCACGUCAGUGACGUCAACAACGCGACGUCAAAGACGUCGGGUGACGUCAACAACGUGACGUCGAGGACGUCGGGUGACGUCAUAAAUGGCAUUAGUGUUGUAAUAUGGCGAUCGUAUAAUAGGCGAGACGACUAAAAAAAAACGAAUUACUCUAAGACUAAAUUAAAUUAUUUCAUAGGAAAUAUUUUAAUUUGUAACCGGGAUAUAGACCGUGAUUACCUUUUUGAUUUUUGUCGAGCUC